AUGUCUGAAGAACAGAACCACCUGGACUCCGGUAUGGACAACCUUACCCUGGAGAACAACAACAACGAGGAACUCCCUCCCCGCACUGAAGAGGAGUACAGCGUCGCUCAGCUCACCCUGAGAGCCAUCGUCUCCUCUAAGGAAGCAGGCGUCAUUAUUGGAAAAGCUGGCCAAAACGUCGCCGAACUCCGUGACAAGACUGGCGUCCGCGCAGGCGUCAGCAAAGUCGUCCCCGGUGUCCACGAUCGCGUCUUGACCGUUCUCGGCCCUCUGGACGCUGUUGCCGCUGCCUACGGCCAUGUCGCCGACGGUCUGCUCAAGGGUGUCCCCCAGCUGGGCAUGGGCGGUGUCGCCUCGAACCCCAACACUCACCCUGUCCGUCUCCUCAUCUCCCACAACCAGAUGGGCACCAUCAUUGGUCGCCAGGGCCUCAAGAUCAAGCAAAUCCAGGAUGCUUCCGGAGUUCGCAUGGUCGCCCAGAAGGAGAUGCUUCCCCAGUCCACCGAGCGUAUCGUUGAAGUUCAGGGCACUCCUGAUGGCAUCCAGAAGGCUGUCUGGGAGAUCGGCAAGUGCUUGGUCGACGACGAACAGCGCGGCUACGGCACCAUUCUCUACAACCCUGCUGUCAGAGUCUCCGGUAGUGGAGCUGGUGCUCCCGCUAGCAACGGUCAGUCUUACCCUUCCGGUGGCCGCUCUUCCUACAACCGCACUGGCAACGGUACCGACUUCAGCGACGCCCCUGCCGCCUACACCCGCCGUGAAUCUGCCCCUCGCGCUCCUGCACCCAUUGCUGCCGAAGACGACGAGGACAUCCAGACUCAGAACAUCAGCAUCCCUGCCGACAUGGUUGGCUGCAUCAUCGGUCGCGGAGGCAGCAAGAUCUCUGAAAUCCGUAAGAGUUCGGGUGCCCGCAUCUCCAUCGCAAAGGCCCCUCAUGACGAAUCUGGCGAGAGAAUGUUCACUAUUACUGGAUCUUCAAGCGCCAACGAGAAGGCUCUGUACCUGCUCUACGAGAACCUCGAGGCCGAGAAGAUGAGAAGAAGCCAGAUGCCUCCCCAGGACGCUUAG